GUUGUGUGCUACAUAAAAAUGGAUCGUAGAUUUUGAAAAUAUUGAAAUGCUACCUAAUGCCAAAAUGUCAAAACACAAGCUUUUGGACGACACUUAUUCCGAGUAUGAAAAUUUAAGCACGCAGCCAAAUAAGAGAAGAUGUUUCCAUGUGCAAAGCUUUGCAGACAAAAAUACAUCUUCAUCAUAUAUCAGUGGUUCAUCACCAUCCAUGGUUGAAGAUAUGAGCUGGCAGUGUUCAGAGCAAAAGAAAGUCUUCCCAGAUUUGAACAGGGAAGACAGCUGGUCUAGAAGUGAUGUGUGCAACAACAGCAGCAACUUCAAGAGCAACAACAACAUCUCACACUUUAACAGCACCACCAUUGAUAACAAUGCCGCCUUUCGUGCAUCGAGCAUUCAGAACACGGCAUGUCUGCGGUGUAAGGCAGGAGAACCGGGACACAUUGGUCAUAUAUUAAGAUGAGAAGUGUUCAUGAACAAUGCAAAGAGGAGCAGGUCUCAAUCUCAAAUGGCAGCAUUUAACAACAUACUUGUAGUCUUUUACAGUGUUUUAUUGUCUUUUCAUUCAAGAUGAAAAGGUCCCUGAGCAUAAUAUGUGUUUUUUUAUAAUUUUUGAAUUGAUUUUUAAAAGUUCAGUCUACAGUGUUGAGUGAACAGGUACAGGGGGGUUUGGGGGAACUCCUCCAGAAAAUUUGAACAAUUUCUGGGUGACCCCCAUUAUUAUGUUACAUCCAUCAUUAUAGGAUAUUGAUAUUUGUAAGUUCAGCCUAACAUGUUACAUGAUAUGAUCAUUAUAUGAUAUUGAUAUUUGUAAGUUCAGCCUACCAUGUAACAUGUUACAUGAUAUGAUCAUUAUAAGAUAUUGAUAUCUGUAAGUUCAGCCUACCAUGUAACAUGUUACAUGAUAUGAUAUUGAUAUUUGUAAGUUCAGCCUACCAUGUAACAUGUUACAUGAUAUGAUCAUUAUAUGAUAUUGAUAUCUGUAUGUUCAGCCUACCAUGUAACAUGUUACAUGAUAUGACCAUUAUAUGAUAUUGAUAUCUGUAAGUUCAGCCUACCAUGUUACAUGAUAUGAUCAUUAUAUGAUAUUGAUAUCUGUAUGUUCAGCCUACCAUGUAACAUGUUACAUGAUAUGACCAUUAUAUGAUAUUGAUAUCUGUAUGUUCAGCCUACCAUGAACAACUCAGUGAACAUGAUAUGGUUUUAACUAACAUAUACUUCAAUGUAUGAACCUGACUUUUAUCUAUGAUGGACAUAUAUCUGAACAUGAGGUGAUAUUUAUGGUAUAGACCUCCUUCAAUGUAUGAUAUUGACUUUUGUAAGUUCAGUCUUUAUGGUAUAGACCUCCUUCAAUGUAUGAUAUUGACUUUUGUAUUAAGUUCAGACUUUAUGGUGUAGACCUACUUCAAUGUAUGAUAUUGACUUGUAUCAGUUCAGUCUUUAUUAAAUAGACCUCCUUCAAUGUAUAAUACUGACUUUAAAAUUGUUUAAUUCAGUCUACAAUGGACAUUUUACUGGAUAUAGUAUUUAUAUUCUUACCACAAAGCAGGCCUACUAAAGUCACUUAGAGCUACUAAAAGCUAUAUACAACUUUAAGAAAGGAGUUAUGAAAAUAAAUAUAUAUAACAUAAAAUAUAUAUUUAUAAUCUAUUGAGAAUAAAUUAUUUUUGACAUUAUUAAAAAGGUGUUAUGAUCUUUUAGUGGAGCAUCUGUUUGUGUGCUCUAAUAGAAGUAGUUCUGAUAUUAUUUGCACAUUUUUUUACAUAUGAAUGGGAUUAUAGCAAUAUUGAAGAUACCUUUAAAUAUAACACACUAUCAAGGUAGUUCAUUUAUCAGAUAUUAGUACCUUUUAUUCACACACUUAUAAAAAAAAAUCAAAAAAUGAAGAACAAAUGAGGUGUGAACGGUUGAAACACUACAUUAAUAAAGCGAUUUAAAGUAUUUGAUUUAAACAUAUUUUAUUCAACAUAUACAAACAAACUACACAGAAUAUACACACACACACAAGUUGUCUAUAAUAUUGAAAUGGAUUGGAACGAAAGCAAAGCUUAUAGAGUUCUUCUCCUUUAAAGUAUUUGAUGACAGAUCUGAAACAAAGCAUAGGCUUUUAAGUGUUCAAGCUUAUUUGUGUACAAAUUGUGAUUGAAAUAUCCGAAUUGAUAUUGUUUAAACCGAAGUAUUCAAUAUUGAUGAAAGUGGGAUCUUUUCCAUCAUAGUUUAGAUUUUUUGUAAAUAGUUUGAAUAUCUUGGUUGUUUUGUUUUAAAGUAGCUCUUAGCAAAAUUGAAAGAAUUCACACGAACAUGCAUUGUUUUUUCAAACCUUUGUGUCUGAAUGUUUUGGCAUUGCGCCAUAAUCUGUUUGUUUUUUUAGGUAGCUCUUAAUAGUUCUUAGUGGUUUUUAGAAGGGCACCUGCUAAGCUUAGUCUAUCAUUUAAAUGCAGCUGUGCAUGACAAUGUCUUUGAUUAUAUUAAUCAAACUAUUUGAUAUGUAAAUAUACAUGAAUGAUGAUUUUGUUGAACUACUAUCAAGCAUCUCUAUGUUUUUCAAAAGUGUGAAUUGACUACAUUACAACUGCGAUCGCUCGAGGACGCAGAGGCCCGAUCUUAAACAUUGAGUGAUCUGAUGUUUCAAACGACCCAAGUUUCAAGUGUAGUGGGACAGGCAACAGUGCUCAAGUUCUCAAUUUAUUUAGGUUUUGAUCCGUUGUCUGUAUAUUUUAUAUGAAAAAAGAAGGAAUAACGGUCGGGACUAAGCUUCGACCUCGACCGAUCGCCAGUUGUUGAAUGACCGCCUGGUCGAACGACUGCAGUUUUACGUAUUUUUAAAAGUGUUGUGGGGAAACGAAGACAUCUGAAAAUAUAAACCGACAUGUGAACUGCAUGUUUUUUUGCCAAAUGCAGAUGUUAAAGGGACUCAUCCACAGAUUUUAUAUAUUGACAUUUUUUUAAAUGAAGUUAUUUUACUUACCUUUAUUACUAAACAUUAAAGAGCACCUAAAAGAUUCUCAUUUGUACAGAAUUUUAUAAAGCCUGAAAUCUUUCAAUAGCGUUGCUCAUGCUUUUCAGUGAACUAGUGAAUGUUUUGCUACAUUUUUCAACAAAAAUAUUUACAAUAGAGCUCAAAGUUGACAUUUAAAUGAUCAUCACAGUUUUAUUAUUAAAACAAUCGUUUUGUUCACAUUUCACUUAAAAUUUCACUUUCAAUGUCUGACACUAGAGUCUCUUUAAACUUUAUAUUCUCAAUAUCGUCUUAUUGUUUAAAAUGUUUUUUGAUACACAAUUUGACCGGUAUGUCUCAUUAUUUUACUGCAUUGUAUGUUUGUUUACUUUUGUUAUUAUAGUACAUGUAAGUAGGUAGGGUUUGAGCUAAUAAGUUAUAGAAGGGUGCUGCACUCUGUCCUUUUUCGGUAGCACCACUCAGCCCUCAUGGAGACUGACAUAAUAGUCGUUAGGAUAUUAAUCGGUUUAAAUGUACUUAUAAUAGUCGUUAGGAUUUAUUUCUAUGGAGGCAAAGGGUGAACAUAAGUACAUUUAAACCGAUUAAUAUCCCUUCCAUUUAACACAAUUCCCACCAUUUUCUGUCCGAUCCAUAAUGUUGAAAACAUUUACAGCCCUAUACAAUGUUCCCUUUUCUGCCUAAGCACCCUGUCCGUCUUCUGCAGCACCCUAUUCUUUUUAAAACCUGGCUAAACCCUAGUAUGUGUGUUCGUGAAACAUUGAUUGUGUACAUUUAACUAUUGCUACUAUGAAUGUUCAAAGAAAUUAAGUACUUAUGAAUAAGAACUCUGGGGCCAACUUAUGCAAGCAUUUAUCGAAAGAACGCUUUUUAAAAAAGAAUUUCUGAGUAGUUAUAGUGUAUCUUUAAAACAUUAAAAGGUGAUCUCCUUUUUUGUCAUGAAGGCAUUAUUUAGCCAGUAGCAUUUUCAAUUUAAUUUGUGACAAUCACUCAGUAUCUACCUGAAAUUCUCGGCUUUACGAUAUUUUGUCUUGCACGUGUGAUCAGAACGUCACUCUAGUGUCAUGUUUUAGAGGUAUGUUCUAGAGGUACAUGAUGUCAUCUUUUUCUUGUUUUCUUUUUCGAGGGUAAAAUGUCGACGUAUUGUCAUGGUAAUGAUCUCGGCGUCUGCAUCGUCUUGAAAUCGUUUUAAUCUUGGCCAGAACUCGAAAACCGAUCUACAUUAUAAACAUUUGCGUUCGCUCUGCGGCUCUUGUUUUGUUUGUAUUAAGAAGUAUUAUAUCAGUUUGCAAUGCAAGUAAAUUGGCAGCGUUAUUUCAUCAUGUUGAAUAAAAUGUUGUACUUGUA